CUCUGGACCUCUCUGCACGUGAAGCUGCAGCAAAGCCUAACAUCAAGCAAUCUGCUGGGAGCUGCAGAGUCGGUGCUCGUCGCCGUUUCCGGCGGUCAGGACUCGGUGUGCCUGCUCCAUGCUCUCGUGGACCUGCGGCCGAUUUGGGGCUGGCGCCUGGGUGUUGUCCACUGCGAUCAUGGCUGGCGUGUUGACUCAGCUGUGAAUGCGGACUUCGUGCGGGAGCUGGCGGCUCAGCACCUUGACCUCCCUUGUUACGUGCGGGCUGCACCGCAGGGCGCUGUGCCCAGUGAGCGCGCCGCGCGGGAAUGGCGCUACCGGGUUUUUGCAGACGUAGCUUUCGCGCAUGGCUAUGACGUGGUGGUGACCGGGCACACGGCAACCGACAGGGCAGAGACGAUGCUGCUGAACCUGCUGCGUGGCUCCGGGCCAGACGGCCUUGUGGCCUUGGCACGGAGCCGACCCCUGGGGAGCUACUCGCCUGCUGACCCAACCUGCGCGCCCGGAGGGGAGCUCGAUAUCCCCCGCGCACGCUCUCGCUCCGUGCGCCUCGUGCGCCCGCUGCUGGAAUUCUCACGCAGCCAGACGCAAGAAUUCGUAGAGCAGCUGGCUCUGCCGUACUUCCACGACACAACCAACGACUGCAACGACCUGCGCCGCAACCGCCUACGAAACGAGGUGCUGCCGGCGCUCCGCGCGGGUUUUAAUCCCCGCCUUGAUCAAGCGCUAUUCCGCUUCUUGGAGGUGCUGGACGCCGACCUGGAGUAUCUCACCCGCGUCACGGAGGAUUUAUAUGACAACGUAGUGUCGUACGAAUACCGCGCAUCUAGUGGCGAUCAUAGCAGCGUUCCUGCCCAAGGCAGUAGCGACGAGAGGAUGCUAAAGCUUCACGAGCUGCGGCGUCUGCCGUUGGCCAUGCAACGCCGGGUGGUUCGCAAGGCCGGGGCCCGGGCUGGCAAUGCACCCAGCCGGGUGCGCUAUGAAGAUGUGGCGCGGUGCUUGGCACUGCUUCACGCGCCCAACCGAUCCAACAGUGAUUCCCUGUGCGGCGGAAUGGUGGCAUCCGUGCGGGAUGGCCAUCUAGUGUUGUGGACUCCGAAGGCCGCGGCUGUGGAGCCAGGGUGGAGCUCGUCGCAGCAGCAACGCCGGCAGCGGCGGGCCGGAGCUGCGGCAGACCCGGAACUUGCAUGCUGCACAGCAGAGGUAUCCACUGCAGGCCAGGGCGCGUGA